CUCUCUCUCUCCACCUCUGCCUGGCUGUCAGCUUGCCUCGACCACGUAGCAGCUUCCUGGCAGCGGCUCGUGUCUACUCUCCCUCUCUGUGGCUCUCUCUUUCACACACACACACACACUCUCGCACAGAAGACACGCACUCAGUAUCAGUAGCUCAUGUAGAACCACGUAGCAGCCGCUUUGGAUUUUAAACCAGAAACACCAGCAGCAGAAACCGGAGCGGAACCCGGAGCGGGCAUGGAUCUGUUUGAAUUCGACUUUUUCAGAGACUGGGAGCUUGAACAACCAUGUCAUCUGGAGUCAGAGCGCAGCGCCCUGAAGAGGAGAGAGUGGGAGAGGAGGAAUCAGGAGGUCCAACAGGAUGAAGACCUGUUCUCAACUGGAUUCAACCUGUUUGGAGAACCUUAUAAAACUAAUAAAGGUGAUGCAUUGGCCAGCCGCGUCCAGAACACGCUGGGCUCCUAUGAAGAAAUGAAAGACCUAUUAACCAGCCAUUCCAACCAGAGCCACUUGGUGGGAAUCCCUAAAGGCAGCAGUGUGAACAACAACCUGCAAACCCCGACCACUUCUGCAACAGAAAGACCCGCCAUGGACUCUCAGCUUUUCAAUGAAACUUUAAGAGGAGGAGCAGGUAGUGGAGGAGGAGGAGGAGUAGAGGCUGGUGGGGAUAAAAGGAUGGGGAACCCAACUUCUUCAUCUUCAACCUCCAUGCAACCUCCUGCUACGACCACGUCAUCAUCAAGCACAUCAACAAAUCCACAUCAGAAUACGAAGAAGUCCCGAAACUCCAUGGACUGGUCAAGGGGAGGCCACGGACAGAGUUCCCAAGGAGCAGGCCUUGUUUUGGGGUUAGGACAGAGUGGCCAGGUGCAGGCUACAGGAUCCACCGGUGGCAGAGGAAAAAUCUCUUUAUUAGAGGAACAGCAAAUGCAAAGACACGAAGAACUGUUCAGCUCGCUGAAAGAUGAACUAGGUCUAAAAGGGGAUUCAAGCCCUUCCUCUUCCUCAUCGUCUUCUUCAUCCUCCUCAUCUUCCUCGAGAAGGCACUCUUCCCACCCCUCCAAAGCCCUUCCUCUCCCAGAUGGUGGCAAUUUUCGAUCUUCCACCAUGGACGGUGGCCACUUUAAGUCUUCCACUAACACAGAAACCGGAGGACAUUUUAAAUCCUCCCCGUUUGAAAAUGAAGCAGGUUCUCACUUCUCGAUGUCCUCGUCCCCGCUGGCUUCCACAUCGGUUGUGACAACCCCUACUCCCGGUCUGACCACUCCCACAUCCGGACUAACUACCCCCACCUUCCCUCCUGGUAGCCUAUCAGGGAAGCCGGUCGCAGUUCAGCAGAAGCCCACAGCCUAUGUUCGACCAAUGGACGGCCAGGACCAGGCGCCUAGUGACUCUCCCCAGCUUAAACCCCCUCUAGUGGCCACGGAAGGAUUUAACAGCAGUCAGGCUUACGGAGGAAACUCUGGAAAUGUGAAGAGUAAGCUGCCAAAACUGACUCUGAGCCACACAGGGGAGGUCAGCCUUCCAAAUGACUCCAGCUGUGUUGAAGAGAUUUUGCGGGAGAUGACACAUUCCUGGCCUCCUCCUCUCACAGCCAUACACACUCCUGGGAAGGCUGAUCAGACAAAGUUCCCCAUUCCAAACAAGGAGUCACAGCAUGUGACCUCAGGCUACAACACCCAGAAGCGAUGUAGUGUAUCAGCUAACAAGCCUGCUGCUAAACCACCAACUGCACCACAGAAGUCGAUGCUGGAGGAUGACCUGAAGAUCAGCAGCGACGAGGAAGAGACCGAACAACAGGUGUCUGACAAGCCCAAAGCCAGAGGCACAGCCCUGAGUGGUGCAUCGGGAAACAGCAGCAGUGAAUCAGAGAGCAGCUCGGAGUCGGACACAGACGAAUCAGAGAGCAGCUCCAGUGACAGCGAAUACAACCAGGCCUCACGCACAAACACGCCAGAGCCCGAGCCCCCGUCCACCAACAAGUGGCAGCUGGACAGCUGGUUGAACAAGGUCCAAGCUCAAACCAAACCUCUGGUUCCCCCUCAGCAAGAACAUCAUGGCACAGGCUCCAUCAACCAGGGUCCACAGACUCUGUCUCCAGGGAGUGAAGCACCAGGAGUGGGUACAGCUGCAAAGGCCAAGCCUUGUGGAUCCAACAGCACCCCAGUUCCAGCUGCACCAACAGUGGAGCACAAGGAUACAAGAGGAGCCUUCUGCCCGGGCAGAGAGAAGGCCAAGGCCAAGCUCAGCCAGAAGGCCUCAGGAGAGGGCCAGAGGUCCAAGAUGAGGCUGUCGCCGGCCCUGCUGUCAGGACCAGAGGUCACGACCCCGAGGAGGAACACCACAGGAAAAAAACAGCCCAGACGGACAGAGAGGUCAAACAGUGCAGAGGAUAAUCAGAACCAGACAUGGAGCAGAGCAAACCAGCACAGCAGCCCUGCAGCGAGAGAGAAGGACCUGUUGCCGUCCCCCUCCCUGGAGCAUCAGAACCCCCAAAGGCCGCGCAGCAAACCCCCCAGUGGGAAAACUGCCCCCAGGAAAGAGCCUCGCGGUGGUGCCAACUCCAACAACAGCACAGUGACUCCACCAGCAGUGCUACAGCAAACACCUGCGCCAAUACCUGCCGUCAGUGUAAACCAGCAGGAUAAGAGGAAGCACAGAGGGCCAAGCACCAGAAUCACACCCAAGUCCCGGGAAUUUAUCGAAACAGACUCCUCCUCCUCCUCCUCAGAAUGCCAGUCAGAGUCGGAGGAAGCCAUUAAAAUCCCCGCUCUGCCGCAGACAACACGCCCUGCCAUUAACACGCAGACUCUGUCCAGCACGCACAUGCACACACCUCCCCUCCCAUGCCUUGGCCCUGCUGCCAGUUUGGGGAGUCUGGGGACAUUUGGAGGUAAAGGACUGCGAGUCAAAGACAGUAGCAAUGUGACCACUAAUGGUAGCAGCAGUAGUAAUAGUAGUAUCAGUAGUGGAAACAAUGGCAGCAGUAAUAGCUGUAACUCUCUAAGCAUUAGCAACAUAAGUGGCUCCUUUGGUCCUUCUGUUCCGGAUCCUGGAGGGUUAGGAGGACAGUGUAAGGACCUGGAGUCCAUGUCACCACCUUCCAACACGGGGCACGAGGUGCCACUUUCCCCCCUUAGGGAGUACCAGGAGAUCCAGAGUUUAUGGGUGAAAAUCGAACUGAGUUUGCUCAGCAGGGUGCCCGGCAGCCAAGGUUUAGGGGAAAGAUCCCGGGUGGGACUGGCAGAAAGGGACGGGAGUGAGGGGAGGGACAGGGACAGGCAGGGGGAGAGGACAGGUGUGGGAGAGAGAGAGAGACAGAAGCAGGAAGACAGAGAGUGGCCAGGGCUGAGAGAAAGACAGAGGGUAACUAAAGGGGAGAGACAGGAGGACGAAAGUGAGCGAUUGGUGCAGGACAGAGACAGGCAAGGUGACAGAGACAGAUUAACAGAGAGAGAGAGGCAAACGGAUAGAGAGGACAGAGAAAGAUUAGGGCUUGGGGAGAGGGAAAGGACGACGACGAGGGACAGAGAGAAGGCAUGCCUGGGUCUGGGGGUCCUGGACAACCCCCCUGUGCAAGAGCAGAGUAAUCCCCGGCUGGCUGGGAGGACAGAGAGAGGAGAGAACGAAGGUAAACACAGGAGACAAGCAGCUGGGAGCACGAUGGUCCCAACAGAGAAACACGCCAGCAAGAACAAAAGGAAACACAAGUCUGACCACACUGAGUCAUCAGUCAACGGCAACAAGAAGCUGCGACUGGACAAAGACUGUCAGCUCCUCCCACCCUGCAUCUCUCCGAUACACAACCACAAGAACAGCUCUACAGAUAUUUCCCUAAACAGGAAGCAGUCUCGACGGCGCAACGAGAAGCUGCUUCCUCCCCUCCUGUCGCCCCUCUCUGACGAUCCCCCACGUAAACGAACCUGCGACAGCAUUUCCUCUCUCAGCCAGGAGGGCGGCACCUCAGGGAUUCUGCCCUGCUCCACGACAUCCACCUCCUCCUCCUCCUCCUCUCACAGGCACAGGAGAGGUGAAGGCAAGGUGUCAUCACAUACGAGAAAUGGCAGCGAAAUGGAUCCCCCGAGCGAGAAGCCCUGUGGCGAUGGUUACCAUGCCAACGGACAGUCAGAUUCGGAUGUGUGGUCUGAACCACUGACGGAAGCUGCAGAACCUCGCAGGCCAAAGCUGUCGUUUAGUGACAUGUAUAUGGACAAAUUUGGAAAAGCGGUGAACUACGCGGACGGUGCCCUCUCCUUCAUAGAGUGUGGAAAUGCUAUGGAGCGAGAUCCACUAGAGGCUAAAUCACCUUAUACCAUGUACUCAGAAACUGUGGAGCUCAUCAGGUACGCCAUGAGGUUGAAGAACUUCAGCAGCCAUUCAGCUACUGUUGCUGAGAAGAAACUCGUCGUGUUGUGUAACCGCUGUCUGUCUCUGCUGUAUCUGAGGAUGUUCCAUCUGAAGAAAGACCACGCUGUCAAGUACUCGCGGUCGCUCAUGGAGUACUUCAAGAAUUCAGCAAAGAGUUCCCACCAAGCACCCUCUCCGUGGAGGACCAAUGGAAAGGUCAAUGGGACUCCGUCUCCACUCUCACUCAGCCCCUCCCCAGCCAGCAGCGGAGGGGGAGGAUCUGGAAGUGCCCCAAGUUCACUGGGCAGUGUGGCUAUUCCCCAACGCAUUCACCACAUGGCUGCCAGUCAUGUUAACAUCACCAACAACAUCCUGCGGAGCUAUGAACACUGGGAGACGGCUGACAGACUGGCCACUGAUAGCCAAGAUUUCUUCCAGGAGCUGGACUCGGUCAUGGAGCCACUGAGUCAGCAGAGCAGCAUGACUGAGCUGGUCCGAUACAUCAGGCAGGGACUGCACUGGCUCCGCAUAGAGGGUCGUCUGCUGUAGAGAUGGAACAGAGACUACAUUACAGAGGGGGAAAAACAAGAAAAGAAAUGGGCCUGGCAGCAAGAACUGGGAUAACAAGUGAGAUGAGACUCAGGACGCUGCUUCAGUUCCCACUGGGAUUCUUCAAAUGACCACGGUAAUGUAACAGCACAGACUGGGUGGAUUAAUCAGGCUGAAUUUCACCUGCAGUUUGGACUGAGCAGUAACUAAGAUCAGGAAUUUCCACUGUGGAUCACAGAAUACAAAAUACAUGAUUUAAAAUUUGAAUUUAUGUUUUGGGAGAGAGUAAUAUAUCAGUGAAAAGAGCUUAUAUUCCUAUAGGAACAAUACAUGUUACGGAUUCCUGUGUCCCUGAAGAGCAGAAAGAACCAGAGAGGAAACAAAGAGGAAAAGGUGUUUUUACUAUGACAGCAUCAUUUAAAAAGAUGUGUGAGAGGCUGAUGUGAUUAAAGUAAGAAAGCAGCUCAACAGAGGCUCAGCUCCCGCAGCAGUGGCCUAGAAACGUUCCCGUGACAGAGACUACAAUUAAAGUCUCUGGCUGAUAUCGAUCCAGGUGGGAAAGUACCGGUCCAAUCUUUUAGAUAAGAACCAUACUGGUGGAGGAAAGAGGCUCAGGUUCAACCACUAGAGCUGAAUUAAUGGAGGCUGAAGUCAGUCAUCAGCUUCCUUUUCAGUCCAUCUUCAGUGUUUAGUGGCAGAUCCUCUAAAACCUGAAGCUGUUUCUAUUCCUUGGGUGACUUGACUUAAUCAGACACAGGGAUACUAAAUGGCGUCUGAAGAAUGAGGUUAGUCAAAUUUCACUUCUCAAGAUAAAAUCCUGAAGAUUGACAUAAUAUCCAACUCAGUGUUUGAUUGGUGAACCAUCAAUUGAUCUUUUUAUAUAUUAGUUUGAAUUGAAUUGUGUGUCGUGGGGUUUGUCACUCCUGCACUGGUUUCAAAUGACGUGCACAUGCAUUUACAGGAAACCAUGCACAUACUGGAAAAACUUUGGAAAAUCCAAUUCAACUUACUACCAGUAACCACAGGUGUCGCAAAUCAACCAGGAAAAAUAAUUAAAGUUGGUUGCGAUCUGAUUCACAAUUCUGUAUUAUUUAAUUAUUUAU